AACAUGAAGUUUGUUCUCAAACUUCCCUUUCUAGUUUACUAAAUGCAUUCUGUCUGAAGUUUAUUUGCUCUUAUAUUAUAUUCUAUGGUCUCUCUAUCCAGAUUGCUAUACUGCUGAGCUACUGUACCUGUGGUUUGUGCGACCGGCGAUUUUAAUUGCUAUUUCUGAGCGAUUUUGUGGCUUCCCCUUUAGUUCGAUCAAUUCUAUUCUGGUCUGAGCUUGGGAAAAGCCACUUUCGACUGAGGGUCUCCCUUGGGUGCCCCGGCCUUGUGCCGGUCCUCAAGUGUGAGGAACCCCUCACUAUACGAACCAGAAGAUUUUAACAUCUGGCACUUCUGGUUCCAACGGCACCUUCUGGCACACAUCUUUUAGAGGUGGCUGUACUUUGAGGCAGCAGAAUGCCAGAGGUAAAGGUGCUUUUCGCAGUCCUGGAGGACUAUAUUCAUCAGCAGAGCUUCGAUGAGGCCAUUUAUGGCUACUAUGAACAUCAAUACAUUCGAAGAUUUCCGGACAUCGACGACUGGGAUCAUUUCAUCAAUCAAUAUUAUAUUGAUUAUGAUGUUGAACAUCUGAGGGACAUGGCCCACUUCAUUGUAAUGGAUGCCUAUAGGAAACAACUUGAGGAGCUGGAGAUCACGCUUUAUGGCAUCCAUAAAGUCCUGGCUUUGUCGGAAGAGGAGCAUGAUGUGGAGCAUAUUCUGGCCCAAUAUGAAGAGACGCAGCAAGCCCGGCGAGUUGUGGGAUCUAGACUCGAAGGCUUGCAUAAUAAGAUUGUGGCAAGGCAGAAGGAGCUGGAGGAAGCUGCUAAGAUCAAAUCAGAAGAACAACGAGAGGAACCCCCUGUGGUGGUGGUGGUGCCCAGGCUGAGCACCAGGAGGAGGCUUACAAAAGCCGUAAAGAAGAAAUUCCAGAGGAUUCGGGUAAGCUAUUUAAUGUCAUUUUCUUUUAGACCAUCUUUAUCAUACCACAUAAUCCACUUAGGAUUUCAUAGUUAUAACUAAAGAUUAAAUUACGAAUAUGCAGCCACAACCCCUUAUACAGUACCUGCCAUUGGCCAUAUAAUGUCAUAUUCCCAUAAACCAUCUUUAAUAUCUCAGUCAUAUCAUUCUGUGUUUUCAGCCAUAAUAAUUAACAAAAUCAUACAGAGGGGUAUGUUUUAUUGUCAUUGUCCCUUCUAAUACAACCUAGGCUGGGCAUUUUUACAGUGACAUUCCAAAUGGCUGAUAUGCUGUAGGCCCAGAAUAAGUCUUUGAUAUCAAAAACAACAAAUUACAUAUCUGUCAUUUAUUCUGUUUUUAAACAUUUACCAGUUUUUUCUUUUAUUUUCAGCGUUCCACCAGACGAGUCCUUCUGGAUUUUAUCUCCCUUUUCCGAGACCCUCCACCUCCCUGACCCUCCUGUUUUUUAUCCCUUCUGUGUCUGUGUGCAUUUGUGUGUAUGUGUGUGUAUGUAUGUAUGUAUGUGUG